UAUUGCUCUUCCUCUUCUCUCUCUCUACUCUCUGCAUGACAUUAAUUCGAUAUUGUGUGGCUAAACUCGAAGGAACGAAGGAUCAUACUGGCACUUCCACUGCUGGAUUUUAACGAAAUCUUUUUUUUUCUGGAAAGAUAAGUGUCCCCUGAUCAGUACUAACCAAGGAAUUUGUAGAGGAAAGAUCGUUAAAAAAUCAGAGCCAGACAUACUGAUUUUCAAACGUUUUGUUCUGAAUUCUAGUGGACACUGUCGUGCAAAUGACAGUCUUGCAGCUUAACAAGGGGUUUUGCAUCAAGCAUGAUUGACUUGAAAGCUAAAGCUGCACAAAACGCUAAAACUAAAGAGGUAAACGCAAACAACCACACUUCCGUGAAUAACAACAACCGUAGCAACGGGACCAAGCCAGCCACGACUGCCAAUAUGGCCAAUUCCGUCAAGACCAACAAGAAGUGGAUACGGCUAGCCACAGUGUUCGCUUACGUACUUUCCGUCUCGCUGGUAGCCAUUGUGCUGGCAAUCUACUAUAGCUUCUUUUGGAUACAGAACAUGGCAAAUACGACGAUUGCACCCAGUGCCAGUUCGAAUACAGUGACGGGAACGGUUCAACCUGCCGGGAGUAACACCCCGUCUUAUGGUCCUACGGCCUAGCCUUGCAUCAUGGAAUGCAGUUUAAUCAAGUCUCUACCUAAAACUAUUUUGGAACGCUGAGCACAGCGCAGACAUGCCGACAGAUACGAUGAGGAACAGGGAGAGAUGUCGAAAGACAGACAACAAUAUGCAAGAUAAAUUUGAAUCGGUAUGGAGUGACGAAAAUAACCAAAAACUAUGGCGGCGACGUCUGUGGCAGUGUGUGUACCACCCGUGUCCGGAUGAAAUGUAUGACACGAGUAUGUUUACGCUGCAAGUGGACAAACCUUGUGCAGUUCGUUUAAGGCGGUAUUGCAUAGUUCAUGUUUUGUGACUUCGACCAAUCUACGUGUAGAUACCUCUGGGAAAUACAACAUAUGAAGCCGUCAAACAAAAUGCACCAAGAUUAACUUUUUUUUAGGGUGAAGAAGGGAGCUUGGAUGGAACCAGUGUAAUGCCACUUUGUACUUCUUAGUACGCUGUCCUUAAAUUUGAACCAUUUGUGAGGCACUUUUUCUUGAUUAUUUAUAACAAAACGUAAAAAAAAAAUUAAAAAGAAGAAAAUUAACAAGUAAAUAAUAUUAAGAGGUUGAAUUGUAUUAUCAGCCAUAUAGACAUGAAAACUAUGCCUUUCAAAGUACACAUUGAACAAGUAUCUCCCGCUUUAUUCAUUGUAUCCAAUUGUUUAAAAUGUUCAAUAUAUAUUUUGCACAAAUUUACUGACUAACCUGUUUAACCCGAGGGGCAAAUGUAGUUGUGGCAAAGCUGAAAAAUCACCUUUUAUACAAAUUAAUUUGAUGAGCAAAAAUUGGCAGGAAAUCAGGGCCCAAUUUCUUAGAGCCGAUUAAAGCACAAAAAAUGCUGAAGUACAAUAACACUAAUGAUAAUAAUAAUAAUAGUGAACAUUUAUAUAGCGCCAUAUCCAUCAAAAACAAUGCUCCAUGGCGCUAAUACAGAGAAACAUUUAAAAUAUAGAUAAUCAGCAAAAACAACAAGAUAUAAAAAAUAAGUUUAAAAUCAGCAACAACAAAAAAUCAAGCGAACAAUGACAAGCAAUUAAAGAAAUUAACAAUGCUUGACAGGAUAAGGUUACCAGCCAAACUAUCAUGUCACAAGUACAAUUUGUGACUGGUUUCCUGCUCAUUUCUGCUUAAAG